CGUGCUCACAUUCUGCCCUGCCAUGCCUUGCUCUCAAGAGGCACAAGUCAUCUCCCCCAGCAAACGGGCCCGGCCUGCGGAGGAGGGCGGCAUGCGGUUCCGCUUUGUCUGGCUUUCGGAGCACGCCACCGCUCCGACCAAGGGGUCCGAGCGCGCCGCGGGCUAUGACCUAUACAGUGCCUAUGAUUGCACAGUACCACCUAUGGAGAAAGCCCUUGUGAAUACAGACAUUCAGAUAGCUCUUCCUUCUGGGUGCUAUGGGAGAGUAGCUCCACGUUCUGGCUUGGCUGCAAAACACUUCAUAGAUGUAGGAGCUGGUGUCAUAGAUGAAGAUUAUAGAGGAAAUGUUGGUGUUGUACUGUUUAAUUUUGGCAAAGAAAAGUUCGAAGUCAAAAAGGGUGAUCGAAUUGCACAGCUCAUUUGUGAACGGAUAUUUUACCCAGAAAUAGAGGAAGUUCAAGUUUUAGAUGACACUGAAAGGGGUUCAGGAGGUUUUGGUUCCACUGGAAAUAAUUAAAAUUUAUGCCAAGAACAGAAAAUGAGAAAAUAUACUUUUUCCUUGAAAAUAAACACUU